GCCCUAACGUCACAUCCGGGUGCUGCGGGGCUGGCAGGUGGCUGCGGCCAGCGCGGCGCGGCGCGGCGCGGGCUGGGGACCAUGUCCGCGGCGGCGGGCGGCAGCAGGAGUGGCACCGCCGGCGACUGGGGCGGCUUCGAGGACAACAUGCAGGGUGGCGGCUCCGCUGUCAUCGACAUGGAGAACAUGGACGACACAUCGGGCUCCAGCUUUGAGGACAUGGGGGAGAUGCACCAGCGCAUGAAGGAGGAGGAAGAGGAGGAGGGCGAGGCGGGGGCCGCCGAGGAGGAGGACGGGGAGUUCCUGGGCAUGAAGGGGCUGCGGGGCCAGUUGGGCCGGCAGGUGGCUGAUCAGAUGUGGCAGGUGGGGAAGAGGCAAGCCACCAGGGCCUUCAGCCUCUACGCCAACAUCGACAUCCUUCGGCCCUACUUCGAUGUGGAGCCCAUCCAAGUGCGAGCCAGACUGAUGGAGUCCAUGAUUCCUGUGAAGAUGAUUAAUUUCCCACAGAAGAUUGCAGGCGAGCUGUAUGGACCCCUCAUGUUGGUUUUCACGCUGGUGGCCAUCCUUUUGCAUGGGAUGAAGACAUCGGACACCAUCAUUAGGGAAGGCACACUGAUGGGCACAGCCAUUGGCACCUGCUUUGGUUACUGGUUGGGCGUCUCAUCAUUCAUCUAUUUCUUGGCAUAUCUGUGCAAUGCCCAAAUCACAAUGGUGCAGAUGCUGUCGCUAUUGGGCUACGGUCUUUUUGGACACUGCAUCACCCUCUUUGUCACCUAUAAUAUCCACUUCCACUCCCUCUUCUAUAUCUUUUGGUUGGGUGUUGGUGGACUCUCUACCCUACGAAUGGUUGCUGUGCUGGUGUCACGUACCGUGGGGCACACCCAGCGGCUUAUCCUGUGUGGGACCCUCGCUGCUCUGCACAUGCUUUUCCUCCUUUAUCUGCACUUUGCUUAUCACAAGGUGGUGGAAGGCAGACGUCCAGUCCUUUCCUGAAUCAUGCUGAAGUUGGGUUGCUUGUCUCUGAUCUGGAAAUCUGCCUGUCCUGGUUUGGGCUGGGAUAGAGUUAAUUUUCUUCCUAGUAGAUGGUACCAUGCUGUGUUUUUGCUUUAGUCUGAGAACAGCGCUGAUAACACAUGGAUGUUUUUAGUUGUUUCUAAGUAAUGCUUACUCCAAUCAAGGACUUUGCAGUCUCAAGGACUUUUCAGUCUCAUGCUCUGCCAGUGAGGAGGGGCACAGGAAGCUGGGAGGGAGCAGAGACAGGACACCUGAUCCAAACUGCCCAAAGGGUAUUCCAUAAUACAGCACGUCAUGCCCAGUAUAUAAACCCAGAAGGGACCAAUAGCUGCUCGGGUCGGGCUGGGUAUCAGUUGGUGGGUGGUGAGCAGUUGUAUUGUGCAUCACUUGUGUUUAUUGUUUAUUUUUUCCCUUUUAGUUUUAUAUUCUCUCCCCUUGUUAUUUCCCGUAUUAUUACUGGUAUUAGUAUUGUAUUGUACUUCAGUUAUUAAACUGUUCUUAUCUCAA